GGCCGAGGCAGGAAGUGACGCAAGGCCAGCAUUCCCUGGCCUGCGGUGAUUGGUGUGCCUAGGGGCUUCCGCUUCCGGCUGAAAGGUGGUCUCCAUGGCGGUGCUGGCUUCCAACCCUAACAACCCGGUGGUCUUCUUCGACGUGACCAUCGGGGGCCAGGAAGUCGGCCGCAUGAAGGUGGAGCUCUUCGCCGACGUCGUGCCCAAGACGGCGGAGAACUUCAGGCAGUUUUGCACAGGAGAGUUCAGGAAAGACGGUGUUCCAAUCGGUUACAAAGGAAGCACGUUUCACAGGGUUAUAAAAGAUUUCAUGAUCCAAGGAGGUGAUUUUGUAAACGGAGACGGCACUGGAGUGGCCAGCAUAUACCGGGGCCCAUUUGCAGAUGAAAACUUCAAGUUGAAACACUCAGCGCCUGGCUUGCUCUCUAUGGCAAACAGUGGACCCAGCACCAACGGAUGCCAGUUCUUCAUCACAUGCUCCAAGUGCGACUGGCUGGAUGGGAAACACGUUGUCUUUGGCAAAAUAAUUGACGGAUUGCUUGUCAUGAGAAAAAUCGAAAAUGUGCCCACUGGUCCAAAUAACAAACCCAAACUGCCUGUGGUGAUUGCUCAGUGUGGUGAGAUGUAGUAGAAGAGGCCUUCAGGUUAGUCUUCCUUCAUCUCGGACCAUCUCACUUCCCGAUUUUUCUGCACCUCCUCCUUCCUCUGGUGUCUUGUCCAUCCCACAUUCCAACUUGUGAUUCCUUGUAAAUAAAGGGAUUUGUGUAA